CAACUAGCUAGGUGACCCUCUUAUUAUUAAUUUGUUACAUUUUCUUCAUCAUCAAAAGAAAAAAACAGUAGCAAUAAUUUUCUAACAAUGAGGCAACAAAGAUAUCUCUCUGUUUUAUUCAUCAUCAUCAUCUUCUUCUCUGCUACAUUCAUUAAAGCUCAAGAAGUUGAGGAUGAGAGGGAGUUUGAUUAUGGUGAAAAAAGUGAGAAAGGUCCAAAAAUGUGGGGGAAAUUGAAGAAAGAAUGGGAAGCUUGCAACAAUGGAGAAAUGCAAUCUCCUAUUGAUAUGUCUCAUGAAAGAGUUAGAAUUAUUCAGAAGCCAGAAAAAAGACAUUACAAGCUAUGCAAUGCUACUGUCAAGAAUAGAGGCCAUGACAUUUCGUUACAAUGGCAUGGUGAUGCUGGAUCUGUUUUUAUCAAUGGCACAAAUUAUCCUCUACAACAAGCCCAUUGGCACUCUCCUUCCGAACACACUGUCAAUGGAAGAAGGUAUGACAUGGAAAUGCACCUGGUUCACUUAAACGAAAAUGCAACAAAUAAAAUUGUUGUGAUUGGAGUCCUUUAUAAGAUUGGCAAAGCCGAUCGAUUUCUCUCCAAGUUGAUAAGAAAUAUAUCAUCUAUGAUUGACAAAAAGGAUGAAGUGAAAAAUGCUGGCAUGAUUGAUCCAAGAGAAAUCAAGAUUGGUAGUAGAAAAUAUUAUAGAUAUAUGGGUUCACUUACUGUUCCUCCUUGCACUGAAGGGGUCAUUUGGACUAUUAAAAAAAAGGUGAGGACUGUUUCAAGAGCUCAAGUCAAAAUGCUUAGAGAAGCUGUUCAUGAUUAUGCUGAAAGGAAUGGAAGACCAUUGCAACCAAUCAACAAGAGGCCAAUUUAUCUUAUGGCACCAGAGGAUACUGCUUGAGACCAUUAUUCUUUUCAUAAUAUUUGUAACAAAGAUUUUUGUUUUCUUGAUUGUUGUUAUUCUUUUAAUCAGCAAAGUGCCUGUUGUGUAAAAAAAAACCAGAGAAAUGCAUAAUAGACUGUUUUUUUUUCCUUUU